UCAGGCUUCCCAGCUUUGCGCUGCGGCUUCUUCCUGGAACUUGGCUGGAGUGUUGCGGCUUCUUUGUACUUGUUGCUGAGUCUCUCUGAACCUUACACAGGGGAUACAGUUUAGUGGCCGAGGGUGUCACUCUGGGACUAUUACUUUUCCUGGUUUAACAUUGCUCUGAAGAAGACCCUUCAUGCUUUAAAGCUGCGUGCCCAUGGAACGGUGCAGCAUGUUGGACGCUUGUUAAAGGAAAACCGAUCCCAAUGAAUGGGAAAUGGAUGGGUUGCUGGAAUUGCCCAAAGAAACAGAGCCGUGCAGAUGUGCUAAUAGGCAAUGACAGGGAUCGAUGUGAAAGGAAUGGGAUCCUGCAAUUUGUGGCAAAGGCAAGAGUGUGAUGGAUUUGCAGUAGUUAGGGAAGCGCGGGCAUGUGCUGUAAUGUGGCUGCUGCUGCCAGUGCCGGACUUGGGAGACAACAUACUGAAAGAGGAGACAGAUGAGUGAAACCUGCGGGCAGACAGAGCACAUCCCUCCGUGGUGCUGAAGCAGCUCUCAUAGGGACAAGUAAGGCAGCAACACAUGGUUUGGCUCAACAGCUUCUCUUUCCUCCCUGGAUGUUCAUCAGCGAAUUGGGACAUUAAUUAAAACAGAAACUGCAGAUAGUAAUCAGACGUUUUUGACAUUUGGCAGUGUGAUUAUCUUUUUUUUUUUUUUUUUUUAAUUUCAGUGUUUUAAUCUCAAGAAAAUUAGUAGGAGCAAUAGUUGGAAACAUGGCAGCUGGAGUGGCAACCUGGUUGCCCUUUGCCCGGGCAGCUGCCAUUGGCUGGAUGCCAGUGGCUGCAGGCCCCAUGCCUCCAACUCCUCUUGGGGAGAAGAAGCGCACUCAGGAUUCUUUGAUUGUGUUAAAUGUUAGUGGCACUCGUUUCCAAACCUGGCGGAACACACUGGAGCGAUACCCAGAUACCCUGCUGGGCAGCACCGAAAGGGAUUUCUUUUUUAAUCAGGACAGUGGGGAGUAUUUUUUCGACAGAGAUCCUGAUAUUUUCCGUCACAUCCUCAACUUUUACCGUACAGGUCGGCUGCACUAUCCACGGCAUGAGUGCAUUUCUGCAUAUGACGAGGAGCUGGCCUUCUUUGGCAUAAUUCCGGAAAUUAUUGGUGACUGUUGCUAUGAGGAGUACAAAGAUCGUCGCAGGGAGAAUGCAGAGAGACUUUUGGAUGAUGCUGAUGAGAACAAAGCAGAAGGGCCAUUGCCACCAAUGAGUGCACGCCAGAAGAUGUGGCGAGCCUUUGAGAAUCCUCACACAAGUACAUUAGCCCUUGUCUUUUAUUAUGUCACUGGCUUCUUCAUUGCAGUCUCUGUUAUUGCCAAUGUAGUUGAGACAGUACCAUGUGGUAUCAGCCCUGGCUCCCUACGUGAGUUGCCUUGUGGUGAACGUUAUGCCUUGGCAUUUUUCUGUUUGGAUACAGCAUGUGUCAUGAUCUUCACUGUGGAGUACUUGUUGCGCUUAGUGGCUGCUCCUAGCCGUUAUCGCUUUGUAAGAAGUGUCAUGAGCAUUAUUGAUGUGGUGGCAAUCAUGCCCUAUUACAUUGGUCUUGUAAUGACAAACAACGAAGAUGUAAGUGGCGCCUUUGUGACAUUACGAGUGUUCCGAGUAUUCCGGAUCUUUAAAUUUUCCCGCCACUCCCAGGGUCUCCGGAUCCUAGGCUACACAUUAAAAAGCUGUGCCUCUGAGCUGGGAUUCCUGCUCUUCUCGCUUACAAUGGCCAUAAUAAUAUUUGCUACUGUCAUGUUUUAUGCAGAAAAAGGAUCACUAAAUAGCAGAUUCACCAGUAUACCUGCUGCGUUCUGGUACACCAUUGUCACCAUGACAACACUGGGGUAUGGUGAUAUGGUUCCAAAGACUAUAGCAGGAAAGAUAUUUGGAUCCAUUUGUUCUCUAAGUGGUGUGUUAGUCAUUGCAUUGCCAGUCCCAGUGAUUGUCUCCAACUUCAGUCGCAUUUACCAUCAGAACCAGCGGGCAGACAAACGCAGAGCGCAGAAGAAAACAAGGCUUGCUAGGAUUCGCCUUGCAAAGAGUGGAAGUGCUAAUGCUUAUUUACAAAGUAAACGCAACGGUUUGCUAAAUGAGGCAUUGCAGGGUUCCAGUGAAGAGGAACAGCCGCUUGUUAGCAAAUCUGGCUCUACAUUUGCAACCCAGCAUCACCACCUGCUACACUGUCUGGAAAAAACCACGAACCAUGAGUUUGUGGAUGAGCAAACUUUUGAAGACAACUGUAUGGAGGUUUCUACAAUAAAUAAACUGCACAGUCCCUCACUUUCAUCACAGAACAACAGUUUUUGCUGCUCUCGAAGGAAUAGGAAAAAUGUACGGAUUCCAAACGCUAAUGCUCCAACCUGCAGCCAGCACGAGAGCCUUCAGGAACUAAGCGCUAUACAGAUCCAGUGUAUGGAAAGAGCAACUUUGUCCAACAGCCGAUCCAGCUUGAAUGCAAAAGUGGAAGGAAAUGUUAAGUUAAACUGUGAGCAGCCUUAUGUGACUACAGCAGUAAUAAGCAUCCCAACACCACCAAUGACUACACCAGAGGAAGAUGGCAGAUCAGAAUCCCCUGAUUACUCACAAAGGAACAUUGUAAGAGUGUCUGCUCUAUAAACUUCAUACCAGAAGGAUUUUGUAUUAAAUGCAACAUGAGCCCCACAAUCCGCUCCAAAGGAAAAGAUUUUUCAAGCAGCAGUUUAUUUGCAUAAUCGUUAAAAAAAUAACAGGUCUAAACAAUGUACAGGGACAAUGCAAGAUCUCCCAGUGCACCCACAACUCUGUGACUAAGUACAUAAGCACAAUGAAUGUUCCCCAUUGAUGCUUUUUCUCAGAUGCAACAUUUUUAUAUGAAAAAUGAAACCGUAACACCCUCGCUGAGAGUAUUAGGGAGAAAAAAAAAAGCAUUACAGAAAUGGAAACAUUUUGAUAACAUUUUUCCCCAGAGGGAACAAUGAACUUUGCAUAAAGUAAUGUGUAUAAGAAUACAUGCGCAGCAAACCUAUUUGUACUUAUUUAAAUGACAUCUGUAAUGCAUGCAAACAUCCUUCGGAGCAGAGAUCUGAGAUAAUUGAAGCUGUUUCCACCAAACACUGUUUUAUGUGAAAAGACCCUUUCAGCGCUCUCCUAACAACAGGAUGAAAAAUGUUUACAGUCGCUAAACAAAAACAAACAGAACUGUUUUGGAAACUAAACAGGAUUUAUUAAGGUAUUACGGCAGAGUUAGCCGCUGUACAGGAAUAUGGAUUUAUUAAAUUUCUGUUGUUGUUUCAGUAACAACUGCAAUAAUGAAUUGUCCAUUUGCAACAUCAGGAAUCCAAAAAUUUAUUUCGAAAAUUCAACAUUGAGUAUAGAUAAGUGCUUUUCAACACUUACAACAAUUGGCCGAUCUAUUUACUUUUGGUGAGGGCAUGGUUUUCUUUUUUUUUGUGUUCAUUAAAGGAUUAUCACUUUGAGAAGGUGACAGCUAUAUUAGCUUAAUGACAUUUGAAAAUGAAAGAUUUCCACUUUGAGUCCCUUUUUUGUGUUAUUUGAAUAUGCAUGAAGAACGACUGUUUUUUUGUCCUGGAUGCUUGUAAAAAUGUUUUCCUUCAUCUGUAUUGUUUUGUAGUGCAGGUUGUGUCAGAAUUCACAUUUCUAAACAAUUGUGAAAUGAAGAUAAUUUAAACUGUCUCUGAAUAUUAAGAAACAAAAGAACAAAAUGUAUGAAAAGCAUAGGACCAACAGAGCAGAAAGCAGUAGGAGAAAGCUUGAUGAAUGGGUUCUUAUGACUUGCAUCUAUUUUCUCCUGGAUCACAGAUUUAGAUGGUGUAUAGAUAAAAUUCAACAUUUACAUUGGACACUCAUAUGUGUAACACAUUUUAAACCUUUCUUGUGGAUAAAGGGGCAGCCAAGGAGAGCCCCAUGAAGUUGUAAAGCUUAUUAGACUUCAACCAAGAGCUGGUUUUAUAAAAGGUUACAUUAUUAACACCAUCUAAAAAUGUGCUCAUUGUGCAAAAUAUGGCCAAAUGGUGGCUUUAUUGAUUUCUGCCAUUAAAAGGCCAAAUCCCAAAACAAAGUACAGUACUCUAUCAUUAAAAAAAUAUAUAGAUAACAUGUUUUAAAUGAUGAUAAGCGGAAAUGCAAUGUCCUAUGCCAAAUACACUGUGAAGCCAUUUCUCUAUGCUAGAGUAUAUACAGUUCCAUCUAAUUUAACCAAAAUAUUUAUGAGCAACAAUUAAGGGAAGGCAUUGUAUUCAUUUAUCCCCUGAAACUGUACUAUAAAUACUGUACUUCAGAGAGAAAUUAUCUUAGUAUUUAUUCUAUCCAAUAUUUUCUCCUUUGGCCUUUAGAUGUUAUAUAUAUAUAUAUAGAUAUUACAUUCAAAUAAAAAAGCUAAAUAUAUAUAAUUUUCUAUUAUACCAUUUAAUAUUUACUUGAUUUAAAUUGAGUUUCUUUUAUUAAUUAAAAUAAACUAACACAGGUUAUGUAAUAACAUGGACAAAGUGCACCCUUGGUCUAGUAACCUAUAGUUACCAUUAGUAACCAAUCAGCAGCUACCUGUUAUUGUAACCUACUAUACCAAAUGGCAGAAUGAUAGAGUGAAUUCAGAUACAAACCUAUGCAAAAAUGUAAUGCAAAAACAGAUGUUUAUUUUGCCUAUGGAGCUACUGAGACUAUAUUUAUUUUAAUUAAUGGGGGUGGUGAUUGUGUAAGUCUGUGGCAGCACAAAAUAAACUCUCACUUUUA